AUGGGAUUUGAAUGUGGACCUUCCAGUGAUUCUAACGACAACAGUGUCGAAAGGAAUGACGCAGUUCCUGAAUCAUCAAAUCAAUUGACAAAAAAUUCAGAAACUUUUGAAUGUUUUAUCGCAUCGUCAAAAUCUGCUGCUAAAAUAGAUUGUAAAGACAACAAAUUUUCGAAACUUGAAAAAAAAUGGAUAAAGUGUAUAUUAAAUAAACGAUUUGAAAAUAAAAACACAAAGGAAGCAGUGAAUAGGCAAAUAGUAUAUUGUAAUAAAGCAAUUGAAACAACUUUAAUUAAACUGAACAACUACGAGAGUGUGUUACUGUUUUCAUACAUACUUUAUAAAAACAGAAAUGAUGAAGAGUUUGUAAAGAGUGUAUGUGUACUGUGUAUAAGAUGGUAUUUCUGCCUCAAGUAUAAUUUCCUGCUCCCAGAAGCUCCAUAUUUAGGAGCUGUUGCAGUAUUCAACAGUCUCAUUUGGGGACUUAAGUCAGUAGAUGGAGUUUACGUGCAGUUUAUUCGACUGCUUCUAGGCGUACAUGAGCGCACAAGCGAGUACAUUAGUCCGAUGCUGUCAUACACCGAUGAGUGGGACGGAGAAGGCGAGGAGUGUGCAAACGUUUGGCUGAUUGAAGUGUGCCCAGUAUUCGCAAAGUUCCAGUCAGCAUUUGAGCCGAAGGAGUUUUGUAAUCAGGUGGUAUCGUACGUGUUUGACGUAACAGUAGCGCUGAGCAAGAAAAAUAUGGUUUUAAAGUACGAUGGCAGGAGCGAUGGGAUGACUGAAGUGUGGAAUGAAUUGAUGAAGUGGAAGAGUAAAAGCGGCUGCAGUUGUCAAGAGAAGGGGUACAUAAUGUUACUGGAUGCAUACGCAGAUAUGGUAUUUAAUGGAGCACUGCCAGAUGAGACAAGGAAUGAGAGAGUGAUGAAGCUGGUGGGACUGUACGCAAAAUGGUUGCUAGCACUGACAAAUGAAAGAUAUGUGGAAACGAGUGUGCUUAAAAGAUCAUAUGAACAGUUUAAUGAAAAAGAGGACUGUCAGAAAGAUAGUGAUGAUGAGCAUUACGGUGACGAAGGAGGUGCAGCCUUGGAAAACAUACAGAAAACAAUAAAUGGGAUGGAGUGCGCAUAUUUGGACCAGAGUAAAGAUGAAUUGUACAAGUGCAACAACAUGGAGGAAUGUAGAGGGUUCAUAGAAGGAUGUAGAAGCUAUGUGCCAUUUUCAUACUCGAGAGUGAUAAGAGAGGCGGUUGCUGUCUAUAAAAAAUACGAAGCUAUGCCAAGGGAGAUGGUGAUAGUAGCAAUGGGAUACGUAAAUUACGAGCGAGGAAAAGAAUACGAAAAGUGCACAGACUUCGCAACGCUGGACGGAGUAUCAUACGUGGAGACGUUGACGCUGAGCCUGUAUCGGCACGAAAUUGGAAGGAUGAUACUGAGUGUGUGCAAGGCAAAUGUGAAUUACGUAAAAUGCGAAGAGGACGGCAUUGUGGAAUUGGAUGAAAAUAGUGACGAUUAUACGCACGAUGUGAUAAGCGAAUACUGCUAUAGAAUAUAUAGCUCAAUAGCAGACUCGUGUGGAGUAGAGUUGGACAGUAAGAGGCUGAAGGUAUGCGUGUCAACAUCACUGUCGACGAAGGUGGAGUCAGGAUACGUUCACUACGAUUUUCCAGAAGAGUCGGCAGAAGAACUGUUAAAGGAGCUUGUGAGAGAGGUUAAGAAUAAAAUAACCUCAGCAGCAGAAGUGUGUAUAUACUCAGAAGCACUGGAACAAAAUCAUGAAAUGACGAGAGAAGAAGUGGGAUUUAUUAAGAGUAGCUCGGCACUGCCGUGCGUGCUAAUAGCGCUAGCGUCGCUGAUGAGUGAUGACGUGUACCUGGACACCUCGUCAGAAGGAGUGGUGAGAGUGGUGGUGAGUUGCAGGUCGGUCUACGAGUACAGCGAAGAAAAGCUGAGUCUGUGCCUGAAGCUGUUCUACUGCGAAGUGGAGGACGACUGCAUGUUGUCGCUGGAGUACAGGAACGCAGAGUUGGCGCACUAUAGAACGCAGUUGCUGAGGUACCUGCUGCAGUUGUCGCUGUCGCCGAUGAAUAGGAGGAGUAAACUAAGGUUCGCGUUCAACGGAACUGUGGACACGAGGAAGUUUACAAUGAGACUGUUUAAGUUCCUUAACUUCAGAACGAACAGCGCACUCAUGGACAGAAUAGUGUUUGAAAAGUACUUGACGACGAGAGUGGUAAUAGAACAUAAAAGCAGGACUGCGAGUGUGAAAAGUAAGAAAAAUAUCGCAAAUGGUACCAGUGGUGUGGGCAGAACGAGUAAUAGUAACCACUAUGAGUAUGGCAGCAGAGGUAGUAAGGACUAUGAGUAUGGUAAUACGAGCACUGCGUCGAGAAGGGGAAGGAAAGGUACCAGAGGCAGAAGAAAGAAGGGGGAGAGGCAAGGCUUGAUUAAUGGGAAGCUGAAGAAAGGAAAAGGGAACGAGUCGGAUCAAGAAGAGUACGAGGAGCAUGACGGAAUGCCGCUAAGUAAAAUGUUUAGUGUGUUCGGGUUUCUGGAGUACCACGGGAGGAACGUGAAAGCCGGAAACGUUAAGUUGGCAGUUAAGUCGGAGGACGCAGCGCAGAAUGAAAAGUACUUCGAAGCAGAAUAUUUCUUUAACGUCAGCUUUAAGUUCAUAGGAGUGCUGAGGACGUACGUGGUCGAGGGGCCGAGUUUUGGAGCAGACGUCGUGGACCAGUUAACAUUUAAGUAUUACCUGAGGCUGUGCUCUAACGACUUCUACAACACAGUGAACACGGCAAUAAUAUAUUCGGCGAUCAGGGAGGUGGUGGACACGAAUGAGUACGGAGAUAAGGUGGAAAACGCACUGCUUGCCCAGUAUUUGGGAGAAGGAGAAGAGGGAGCGGUGAGAGGAGAGUACAACGGGUUCAUGGAGUCCCUGGGUCUGCUGGAUAACGAAGGCAGCAGAAGCAGAGAGAGGACGGAGAGCAAGAAGAGCUGGAAGCUGCAGUUCGUGGACCUGCUGAAGCUGAACAACAGGUACACGAAGAGAGCCUUCUACACGCUGACGCACGAGUUCUGCGCACAGUUCCUGCGCUUCGUCCCGAACUCGUGUCUGCCGAACCUGCUCUGCAGCUGGGCGUCCUCGCUGCCGACGGACACGAUGAGCACAGUGAGGAGCGAAAAGAUAGCGACGGCGCGCUUCGUGAUGUUCACGCUGCUCUGCAGAAUCGGCGCAGCGAAGUACGAGCUCAGCACGAGGUUCUUCAGGGCGCUGGAACCGCUGGUGUCGGCAGUUAACGUGGUGCUGGUGAACCUGGAGAUCGUGUACAAGGCGCCGGCGUCACACGGCGCGUGCGAGGUGAUAUCAGACGACGAGGCAACGCCGCUGAAGAAGGACCCCUGCCUGCAGUCCUCACAGGAGUUCAACGAGCUGCUCUCAGGGGAGCUGGACGUGUCGGACUCCAACUUCUACGAAAACAUCGUCACAAAGUACAACACGAUCAGGGCGGAGAACGUGAAGAGGAUGAGGGAGAGGAGGGAGGAGAUGCGAAGAAGGAACAGAGAGCAGGUGGGUCAUCUGCUGCAUGUGGCGUGGCUGUUCGGGAAGAUGAUGGACAGGAUAACGAGGAGCCUGAGCGACACGAUGUUCGACCCGGGCAACCAGUACGUGACAAAUACAGGUACGAGUCUUUUUUUAUGGUAUUUAAAUGGUGGUGUGUACGACACGUACGUCGUGACCUGUAUUGGGAAGAAGAGAGCGUUGCUGUACUCAAUGAUUGAUCUGCUGAAGCUGGUGGACAACACGCUGUCGACGAUCAUUAGAAUAUGCCUGCUGUCCUCACUGAGUAUAUCGGACUCCUCCGCCUCUGAGCAGUGCACUCCACAGCGAACGAUGGACAGUUACAAGUUCCCGAAGCAGAUAAAGUCGGAAGCGUCCAACGAGUCUGAGUAUGGGCACCUGGAGUCGAUGAGCCACUCUGAGAUCAUCGGAAAGAUAAAGCUCCACAAGCAAAGCGUAAAAUCGAGACUGAAGACCAUGUCAAGCGUUGAGUUCAGACCCAGAGUAAGGCUGAGAGACGAGGAGGAGAGCUCGUCGGAAUACGAGGACGAAGAUGGAGAGUUCACGUCCGGCGACGAAGAGGAGGAUGAGGCGGAGGAGCUGGCGAGCGGCAGCGCGUCCGACGAUCUGGACGGCUUCAUUGACUUUGAAACGGACCAGCACCUCUCAAUGCUAACGUACAACAACGGCAAGCACAUUCACAACAACGCAAAGAACCUUGGCGCCAACAAGCGACUUAAAAUGACCGACCUGAGGAGCGAGUGGAGGUGUAUAAUAAAAUCGCAACUAAUGUAG